GUCAGAGCCAUUCCCAGUGCGAGGUUGUGUUUGUGACCAUGAUGUCAAGAUUUGUCUGUCUUCUUUUCUGUGGAUAUAUUGCACUAAACCUGGGAAAUACUCAGACAUUGCCCAGAGUGAAAAGGCAGAGUCUGAAGGUUCAGAUCAAUGCAACAGAUGACACUGUUUGCAUGAGGUAUAUUCGACCAAGUCAAAGCACCAAAUUAGAAGGUUUUGUCCUGGGUUAUGGAAGCAACUUCUUUUCUAAUCAGUAUAUUCCUUUACCUUCAGAAGGAAAAAACUAUGUAACAGAACUUGAUGCAGAGCCGCGGUAUUUGGUUUCAGUAAGACCAGCACGUGUUUCAAAUAACAAAAAAUCUUGUUCAGGUCGGAACAAGACACAGAAGCCUCUGCAGCUGGUGGUUGGCACUCUCACCCCAACCUCUGUAUUUCUCUCCUGGGGCAUCCUAGUCAACCCUCAACAUGACUGGACAGCAACAAGUAACUGUGCUAGUGACAGGUUCUAUACAGUUCGCUACAGAGAAAAAGGUAAAGACAAGAAAUGGGUUUUUCAGCUCUGCCCAGCUACAGAGACAGUGAUUGACAACCUGAAGCCAAACACACCUUAUGAAUUUGGAGUUAAAGACAAUGCAGAGGAUAGUAUUUGGAGCAAGACUUUGAAUCAUAAGACAGUGCUCUCUAGUAAAAAAGUAAAUGGACAACUCCAGAAUAUGUAUAAGUUGGUACCCAAUUCCCAAACACAGAUUAUACUGAGUGAUAAUAAGAAGUUGGUUCCUGUCACAAUAAUCAAACAAAUUAUUCAAAAUCGGACACAGUCAAAAGUACCAGAUAGUUCUUCUCUCCCAGGAGCAAUAUUAGUGCACCUUAUUGUUCCAGGUCUCAAUGAAAGUCAGCAGAAACUUUCUCCUCUCCUGACAGUAGAUGACAUACGUCAAGCAUCCAGGAAAAAACUGGCUAAGAAUGAAACUGGAGUAUGGCCUGCUGAAUCCAAAACACCAGAAGUUCAAGAAAUCUCCCCACAGUCCCUUCCAGCUCAGGCUGAGAAAACACAUGGACCUGAAGAUCUUAAAUUGACGCCUAAACCAAAAUUGGUGCAAACUCAGAACAUAUCAGCUUCUAACGAAAUACAGCUACUUCCUUCUGGAUCCAGAAUCCCUGAUGCUCCAAAAAGUCCAUUGACAGAACUUGUUUUCGGUGGUACUCAGCCUGUUCUUUCAAGUCCUGUGGCACCUAGUAAGCCUGAAAUAGCAGAAGCUGGACCAGCAGCAGCAAGUGAAUCCAUUCUGGAAUCUUUCACUCCUAAAACUUCCCAUCCUUUUCAAUGGCCAAGGGUAACAUUAGCUCCAAAAGAAAUACCACUUAUUCCUUCUAAACCGAAACCAUCUGCUACCCCAGAAGUACAACAUGUGAAACCUGCCCCUAAACCACCACUUUUGGAGCCUAAAACUUCUGAGACUGUUGAACAACCAAAAGCAACCCUAGCUCCAAAGGUGACUCAACGUGUUCCUUCUAAGCCUAAAACUUCACCCAAACCUCACAUCCCACAAGCCAAAGAUGUCCUGGAAUCUAUAACACUUAGAACUGAUCAACUAAAACCAGCAAUAGUUCCUAAAGGACCACAGUAUGUUCCUUCCGAACCUAGAACAUCACCGAGCCCAGAGGUGCCACAAACAAGACCUGCUUCUAAAGACACGUAUCACAGGCCUUCCAAACCUAAAACAUCACCCAGUCCACGUGUUCCUCCAACUAGAGCAAGUCCCAAAGAAAGUCGACGAGUCCCUUCCAAGCCCAGGGCAUCACCAAGUCCAGAUAUACCACACACAAAACCUGCUCUUAAAGAGCCACAACGUAUUCCUUUUAAACCUAGAGGAACUCCCAUUCCGGAUGCUCCAUACAGGAAGCCUGAGAUUCUUCCAACCUUUGAUGAACAAGAUACUACUAUGAUUCCUCAUAUUCCUGAAAGAACAAAAGCAACAUUUGCUCCAACUGAAAAACAGUUCGUUCAUACCAAACGAAAAACAACUGAAAGACCAAGAGUGCCAUACACCAAACCUGCAAUAUAUCCGACAACUCCACAACCAAUUAUUACAAAAUCUUCUACUACUGGUCCAUCAAGGGCAACAAUGGCUCCAAAAGAAACACUGCUCAUUCCUUCCAAAUCCAAAACAUCUGUUGGGCCAGAAGUACCACAAACUAAACCUGUUCCCAAUGAAACAUACCACAUUUCACCCAGGCCCAAAACUGGUCAAGCAACCGUAAUUCCUUGGUUCAAUACAGCACCUCAUAAAACUCGUCUCACUUCUGCAAGACCACAGCCAUCGGAUAAAUCACAGACCAGACCUGCUUUUAGUAAAACCACACUAGCACCAGCCAGAACAAAAGCACCUGGACUGCCAAAGUGGAUUGUGCCGACAACAGAUGACCUUUAUACACCUGAGGCUCCUGCCAGACCAAUUGACAUGGAUGUCAAAAGACCUCCAGAAUAUGGUGACACCUGGCAAAAGCCGAUUUCUGUGACUAUACCACCUGGCCCUCAGCACCCUCCUAUACCUCCUGCCAGACCUACACAAAUGAGAAGAAAACCUCUGCCUCCUAACACUGUGACUGGUAAACCAGGGAGUCCAGCUAAGCUUGCUGGACCAACAGUACCUGUGAGGACAGGAACAUUAUAUAAGACACCUACUGCUUUUGCAACUCCAGCAUAUUAUGUUGAUGCAACUGUCUUCAGCUCAAGUCCUACAUCAGAAACAGAUUCUUCAGGAAAACCAAGGUAUCAAGCCCCUCAUGUCAAGUACAUGAAGAAAGAUGAUGAUGUGCCUUGCUCCAUCACAAGCUCUCUUGAACAUUUUCCUCAAGAAGAAGUUGGCAGUAAGGAAGAACCCACUCGUCCUCCGCAAAAUCCUCCAACCAACCUCACGGUGGUGACUGUAGAGGGCUGUCCAUCCUUUGUCAUAUUGGAUUGGGAAAAACCAGACAAUGACACUGUGACUGAGUAUGAGGUUGUGUCAACUGAAAAUGGAGGAAGUGAUGGUGAAAAGGAGAAAUCAAUUAUCACUACAAAUCAAACCCAUUCUACUGUGGAAAACCUAAAACCUGACACAAGUUAUGAAUUCCAUGUGAAACCUAGGAACCCCCUUGGCGAAGGUCCAAGCAGCAAUGUUGUGGCAUUCAGUACUGAAUCAGCGGACCCAAGAGUGAGUGAGCCAAUUUCAAUGGGGAAAGAUGCUAUCUGGACUGAAAUCCCAUUCAAUUCAGACACAUACUCAGAAUGCAAAGGCAAACAAUACGUAAAGAGGACUUGGUACAAGAAGUUUGUGGGUGUGCAGCUGUGCAAUUCUUUGAGAUACAAGAUAUACCUCAGUGAUUCACUUACAGGAAAAUUUUAUAACAUAGGAGACCAGAGGGGCCAUGGAGAAGAUCACUGCCAAUUUGUAGACUCAUUCUUAGAUGGAAGGACAGGACAGCAAGAAGAUCUACCAGUCAAAGAUGGAUUUUUCAGGGCAGUUCGUCAGGAACCUGUCAAAUUUGGGAAGAUAGGCGGGGAGACUCAGAUUAACUACGUGCGCUGGUACGAGUGUGGCACAUCGAUACCUGGCAAGUGGUAGAUGCCACACGAAGAGGGCGCAAAGGCCCGACUGCCCAGCGCAGGCUGCAGGAAGGCAACGCUUACGGUGCACCCAGCACUGCGGUGUUGGCAGAUGUGCAAGGCUUAUACCAGUCUAAAAUGCCAAUACUGCAUUCAUUGUGUAAUAGUGUAGGCUGCUUACUGUAGUUAUCCAGUGUUACAAAUUUGUUUUUAGAAUUUAAAAAACAAAUACAGGCUAGGGACAUGUUGUAGGAUAAUGUAUAGGGAAGCUGGCUCCCUAUUCUUGAGGUAUGGUUUAUAUGGUAUUUUAAAAGAUAGUGUGUAUAUUAUUUAUCACGAUGUUGUAAUAAAUGUUUAAGGCACAGAUAUGCCAGAGUUGGUCAUGGAAUGCAAUGUGUGUUAGUUUUAAAUAUUCACUGGUCCUGUAAUGCAAGUGCCAUAAGCUACCCAUCCUAAUCCAUCUGUAACAUCUCCCCGUCAUAAAUUAUAGAAAAGAUCCUAUAAUUUUUAAUAUCCUGCAGCCAGUAAACUUGAAGCACUUUCUCCUUACAUGUACAGUUUAUGCUCCUGCCAAAAUGCCGAGGUAGGUUGCUGUAUGUGCAGCUUUAAAUGAUCAAGUUCAGUGGGGUUUUCUUCCAUGUUUGUUUUCAAAUAUUUCAGCCCCAGCCAAAGCCAUGUUCAGCCUGUCACUAUGGAGUCAGAGCUGCUGCCCAUGAGCCUGGCAGUGGCUAGCAGGGAGGGUUGGUGUUCUCUAAUUGCAGUGGACAGGUACAUAUGUACAUGGAAUGAAAAAACAAAGCUGGCCUCCAGGGCUGGCGUUUUUCAGGAAAAUGUAGUUUUCAGAGCCUGACACUUACUGGUUCAAAAGCCAAACGUAUGUACUGUGAAAGAGAAUUUGGAAAGACAAUUGAAAAAGAAUAAGCUAAUUAUAACAGCAUGAUCAGGUUUAUUUUAUUUAAAAAGAAAAAAUUCUGGUUUAAAACAGUUUUCAUUGGGGACAAAGGGGAAAUACUGAUAACUGAACUUUAAAACUGCUUUACAGUUAUUUUGAUUAAAACCUCUCCCAAAGCUACUUGUUGUACUGCUUGAACAUUUAUGAACUAAAUAAAGAGAUGUAGGUUUUUUUUAAGGUGUUAUUCAUUACCUUACUAAUGUAUUGAAGAAAUAUGAACAAGAACUACCAGAUCUAUAUAGCAGUCAUUUAUAGAAAAUACCUUAUAAAGUACAUUGCAGGUACACUGUACUCCUAAUAAAAUAUUUUUUAAUCAA